GACGGCGGUCCCCCUGGGUGCCACCCCGCAGGCAGCAUGAAGCUGAACGAGCGCAGCCUGGCCUCCUACGCCACCAGCCCGGCGCCGGCCGACUCGCAGGGCUUCCUGCUGCAGCGCGGCCGGCACGCGGCCUACCAGCGCCGCUGGUUCGUGCUCCGGGGGAACAUGCUCUUCUACUUCGAGGACGCGGCCAGCCGCGAGCCGGCGGGCGUCAUCGUGCUGGAGGGCUGCACCGUGGAGCUGGUGGAGGCGGCCGUGGAGUUCGCCUUCGCCGUGCGCUUCCCGGACGGCCGCGCGCGCGCCUACCAGCUGGCGGCCGAGAGCCAGGCGGGCCUGGAGCGCUGGGUCAAGGCUCUGUCCCGCGCCAGCGUCCAGUACCUGCGGGUGGUGCUGCGCGAGCUGGAGCGGCAGCUGGCGGCUGUGCAGGCCGGCGCCCCGGCCCCCGUGCCCGCGCCGCGCCGCCUGCGGCCGCCGCCCACCAAGGCCAAGGACAACGGCUGCGCCGUCUGGUACGCCGAGCCCCCCGGGGACCCCCAGGCCCCGCCGCGGCCGCCCCCGCGCCGGCGCACCCUCGCGCCCCCCCAGGGCGCGCCCUUCGCCCAGCUGCACGAGUGGUACGGCCGCGAGGUGGGCGCCCUGCGCGCCUGCUGGCAGGAGAGCCGUGCCCGGCCUUGAGGGGGUCCCCCCUCACUGCGAAAGGCUGCGGGCGCCCAGCCCGGGGCCAGCCGGGUGACCCCCGGUUCAGGGGGCUGGUGC